CACAGAAGGAGAAACAGCAGAUUGGACCUAAUUCAGUCCUCUGCGCUAAUGACUAACACCGACAACAGAGCCCGUGUUUUGGUCCCGUUCAUCCAGGACUGAGGCUGUCUUAGAGGACCGGGUACCGCUGUCAGCCGCUCGGAUGCAGGCGCUCAGCAUCAGCAUCCUCCUCCUCAGUAUCCCGAAGUGAGUGAGGUGAGGAGGGCCGACGGUGGCCGACAGGGAGGGGUCCUUUGGUUUGAGGGGCUGCCUCCUCCUGAAUGGAGCCCGGCUGUGUGCAGGCAGCGAUGGCCAUGGCAGAUAUCUCGAUGAAGGCGUCCACUCGGAACGUGGCAGUGGAGCGAAAAAACCUCCUCACCGUUUGCAGAUUUUCAGUCAAGACGCUGUUAGAAAAAUACACAGCCGAGCCCAUUGAUGACUCAUCAGAAGAGUUCAUCAAUUUUGCAGCCAUACUUGAACACAUCCUCAGUCACCGUUUCAAAGGCUCUGGCAGCUGGUUUGAUGGGCAGCGGAGUUUCUGGGACUUCAUCCGCCUGGCCUGUGCUAAAGUCCCCAACAGUUGCAUUAGCAGCAUCGAGAGCAUGGAAAACAUCAGCACCUCUAGAGCAAAGGGCCGAGCCUGGAUGAGAAUAGCACUAAUGGAGAAGAGGUUGUCUGAAUACAUCGCUACUGCUCUGAGGGACAGCAGAACGACAAGGAGGUUUUACGGAGAAGGAGCCAUCAUGUUGAGAGAAGAAGCCACGGUGCUAACAGGGAUGCUCAUAGGUCUCGGAGCCAUAGAUUUCAGUUUCUGCCUGAAAGGGGAGGCCUUGGAUGGAAAAUCUUCUGCUGUGAUUGACUAUACACCGUACUUGAAAUUCACACAAAGCUAUGAUUACCUGAGUGAUGACGAUGAUCGGCACAGUGUUGACAGCAGCGCAAGUGAUGACAGCAUACCUGAACACCCUUACAUCCCACUGGUCACUGAUGAGGAGAGCUGGAGCACAAAGUGUCGUAAGAUGGAGCAACGGUUCAAGAUUGUCAAUGCGCAGAAGGGAUACCUGGAGGAGCUUGUGCGUCUGCGUGAGUCUCAGCUAAAAAACACAGAGACAGAGAACAAGAGGCUAAAAACGCGACUGGAGGAACUACAGAGCCAAAGCCAACAGGAAAAGAAGGAACUGGAAGCUGUUGUUCUGGAGCUUCAGGAGCAACUGACAAGCUUGAUUCCGUGUGACUCUAACCACCUUGUUAAAGACCUUUCAAUCCCCCUGGUCAACCAGUGGCCGACACUGCAGCCGUAUAACAGCCAAGAUGAUGUCAAGCUGUUUCGCAGGAGGAGCUUCCCUAGCACAGAGCUGCUGUCAGUAGAGAUCAGCCUGGACUCAGACUCACAGAGAAUUGAGGGGAAACAAAAUGGAGGAGCCUGGUGCACAGAAAAGGACUACACCCCCUCCAUGAUGGGCCUGUGUGGCUCUUUGGCCUCCAUUCCCAGCUGCAAGUCCCUGGCUAGCCUCAAGUCAAGCGAGUGCCUGGUCAACAUCAGCACAGAGAACAGUCCUGCCCUCUCUCCCAGCUAGGGGGCGGAAAAGAGACACUGCCAACCACUUAUAAACUCUGAGACAAUUCAACACGAGGACAAAAAUGGAGACUGCUUUUGGUAGGCGGAAAAAUAUUCUCUUUUGUGGCCCUAACAUGAGUCCCUUUACUCUGAACUCAACAAACUCUCGACCUACAACACAUUGUUUGUGAAAUAGUAUCCUCCCUGUUUGGGACUGUCCACCAGAGAUGCAGGAAUAGCUGCUGUACUGCCUGACGGCCUCCCUCAGUUUCACUGUCUUUCAUUGUUCCGACAUGAUUAAACCUCCUGGAAUGCAAACAGCUGGUUCAAGUUUGACCUCUCUUACAUCAUGAUGCUUGAUUUUGUGCAAUUGCAGUCACGUAUGUGCACUGGUCACAUUCAUCAAAACUCACCAUAGGGUUGUUGUGUGUGUGCUCGUCCAUAUGUCUGUGUCUUAUCAGUCUGUCAGUGUAUCUUAUUCAGCUUGUUAUGUAACACUGUCAGUGCAGGAUGAAUGAGCUGUUAUAACCUUUAAAGGAGCAAAAACAAUGUUUUACCUUAUUAUAAUACAUGAGUAUAAGAGAGCCGUUAGAUAAGUGACAUAAAGAGAGUUUUGUAAUGUGGCCAGAGGUGUUGCUGAUGACAUUUAUUUACAAUUAACAGAGACAGUUUCAUGAUUUUAGGAUGAAUGAUAUUUUAGGCCUUAUUCAAUCGUAGGUUUUAGGUUAAUGGUGGUACUUAAAAGCCUGUCAGGCUACCAAGGUUUGCAGAGCCACUACAAUGUGAACAUAUACAACCAUUUAUCUAUUGCAUACAAAUGCAAAAUGCAUCGCAACUAUGCAGGAUGAAUGUUUUCAUUGUCUUUUUCUACAAACCUGGCUUGAUAGAAGUGCUUGAAGAGGACAGGAAUAGUGAAUGUGCCCAGCGUGUUUCAUUUCAACUUUGGUCUCAAUUUUCCUUUAAUUUUCUCCAGUGAUCUGUUCUUGUUAUAUUAGAUCUGUUUCAUUACAUACUUACUUGUAUCAUUGCCCAUCAUGUAAAAUGCAAUCUCAUGCAGUGUUGUUGAGAUCUGAGAGACAUUGUGGUAUUUAAAACUGCAAUAAAACUGCCUUUUUUUGAAACAUUAAA